AUGCAUCCUCAUCCCAUCAACCCGGUCAUCGUUGAUACUUCCAUCGACAAGACCCAGCUCAACGCUUCCCUCGCCUCCACCCUAGAUCCCAACAUGAUCAAGUACGCCUCACCGCUGCAUCCUCGUGGUCUCACCGAGGUGCAGCACCGCCUGCUCUACGAGUCAGACACCGAGUCGUCCUACGACUUUCCUUUCAGCACGAGUUCCAGCACUGGCUCCACCUCGGCUUAUAGCGACCUCGGCUCCCAGUCCUCUUCCAGGUCGCGCACUUCCAGUCAGGGUCUCGCACGCCGCGCUCACGGUUCUUCUGCUUCUUCCUCUCGCUCCGAGUCCAUCUCCUCGGUGCUGUCCAGCUCCGCCGCCAUCCAGAGAGUCCUCAUGGGCACGCCGUCGACCGCAACCGUGCACGUGCCAUCCUCACGCCAGUCAGUCCGAGCCAUCGCCCGCGCCUUUGAACAGGCAGGCAAGACGAGCACCACGCUGCCUUCUCGCAAGAUGAGCGCCCAGCUUGAGCGCGUCAUUGAAACCAGCGCUACCAUCAACUUGAUGUCUGAUACCACAUCUUCAGACGUCUCUCAUCACACUGCCUUCCGACGUCGCCCUCUUCACCCAUCGCAAGCCUCGAACCUGGCCGCCGGUCGCUCCGCCGAGGCAAACGGUACCAUGCCCUCACGGCUCACCAUUGCCAAGAGUGCCGCCCAAGGUCCCCUCUCUGCUCCAGCCACCACCACAGCGCGCACAUCGCGAUCCAACGCUUACCGAUGUGAUACCAGCGAAGCUGUCCACUCAGCAUCUGCAUUCAAAUUCCCGCCUCGCGUUGCACACGUCGAAUCCCAACAGCGCGUACGCAGCUCGCCUAGCCUCGAGACUUUCGACGACGACGACGAGCCCGCGUUCGAGAUCAUCCCUUCUCCCUCUCGCAAGCGCAGUCAACCCAUCCUGCCACCCUUCGUCGCAUCACCCACCAUCGAGUUCCCCCCUUCGCCGCCUGCCACCUUGACCCAGAUCACGAGCAGCAUCGAUUCGGACCUCGUCCCCUCCUCGCUCUCGGCAGGAUCGCUCGACUCGAUGCAUUCCAAUUACUCUUACGGUUCGGUGCGCAGCCAUCCCUUUGCGCUGCAGCUUUCGAGCGGAGAUGAGCGCUAUCCGCGUGCCAGCUCGGCUGCGUCGAUGCAGGGCGUUCAUGAGCUAGACCGCUUCCGAGGCCCGUCUAUUGACAGGGCGGCAGAUAACCCAUCGGCGUCAUCACUAGCUGGCAAUGAGGGUCUAUGCAGGCGAUGCGCAGCGCCCACAAGCCUAAAUAUGGGAGGUGGGACUUCAUUGCAUGCGUCCACGGCAACGCUGCAGCCAGCGUCGCUGUCGACCUCGCGACCAUCAUCGUCGGCUUCGUCAUCCACGACCACCGUUGUACCGUCUGGAAAGGUCGCAUCGCAGCCCGGAUCGACUCAGGUCACCGACAAGAUUGCGUUCCCACUGCCACCUUCCGCAGCGCGAACGAACGAAAUGCUCACCCUCCCACACCGACUACCCUACAGAACCAGCAAAGCCGGACGCCCGUCCUCUCCCCCUCUCACCACCGCUGCCAAACCCACGACACUCGACGAGCUGCGUCGCGAAGCGCAUUCCCUGCUCGCCUCGAUCUCUGCGCUCUCCGCCGAGCUAGACGCAUCCAUUCCGCCAACACAUCGCUUGCCGGGCAGCACGCAUCGCGCCGCUUCUCCCCCCACCACACCAACAACCAACACCAAGCGCCAGGGCAAACCACCCUUCGUCGCCGUCGACGAGAGCUUCGCCGACGUCUGGCGAUGCAUGGACGAAUGGUAUUGGUCCAGCUUCGAAAUCGCCCCUCCCUCCACGGGGUGA